AUGUCCCAGGCUCUAGCAGGUCCCGAUCUUUGGGAGCAUCUGGAAGCCGUGGUAGACUCCCUCCUCGACAGCCGCAUGGCGAGGCUCGCUCUGUUCGUGUAUCUCCAAGAGAGGAAGAGGGCUAUUGCCUGGUACAAGGUCCCCGCCAAGACCUAUUUCGUAGCCAACAUGCCUAUAGUAUCUUCUAUUGGUGAUUUCCUUACCUCUAUCACUGAGGAAACCAACAAAAUAAAGGAGGCUAUGUAUGAUUUACCGAAAUGCGGCGGAGCGACGCCUGCACUUUUCCGCCAAUUCGAAGAUGCACCGUCAAGGAUUGAGGAUGUUGCUGUGGUGGAGACGGAUGCUGACUCGUGUAAUAUGUCACUAGUUGAAUUAGAUGUUGAAAAUGAUGAUGAUUAG